AUGACGUCUCGUGUCCGUUCACCGGACUCAGUCUCGUUUUCUUCUACCGGUCGUGUUUCAUUUUCGGGAUCUGUUCGUUUGAGUGAUUUUGCUACUGAUGGUCAAGGAGAUGAGUAUGGUUUUGGGACAGGUGAUGAUAUCGAAGAAGCAGUAGAAGCAAGAGAAUCUUCUGCAGCACCCAACUCUAUUGGACCUGUCGAGAAUGCAGAUUUAACUGGAACAGAAAUGAGUGAUACUGAUAGUAUAACACAAGACCGCAGUUCUUUAGGGAGCAAUGACUCAAAAGAUCAGAGUAAGAUUAGCGCACUAAUUGACAAAGCAAGAUUGAAGGGGAAGCAGCUAGUCUCAAGACGGGAACGGAAAUCUCCUCCUCGUUCGGAAGAAAUAGAGGAGUCUUCUCCUCUCCUAACUGGUUGCUCAGAUUCACCGAUCGAUUCUACUCUUGAAAAUGAGACUCUGGUGGAUAUCCAAAAGACUCAACCUUCUGAAAUUAUCCCAAAAGAGGGCGAGGAAGAAAAAGAGCCCAUUCCAAUCACCAUUGAUUCUCUUGCCAAACGUUGCCGUUCGAUGCCUUUCUUCCGACAUAGGAUGUAUUGUUUAGGUGUUCUAAUAGCAUUAACUCUAAUCAUUCCCGGUUUUUUGACCGGACUUCUAUGGGGUCUUUAUGUUUCAUUUAGUGGUUUCCUUUAUUUAUUCGUCUCGGAUCCUGGUAGAGCCACGAGAUCGGUGCAAGCUGCUCGUAAAAGAACGUCUCCCUCUGAAGAUGUUGAUCUUGCCCUAGAAGCAAAUCUAGAUGAUGAAGGAACUGCGUUAGGAAUGAAAGAUCAUAUUGUUUAUCGGGGCUGGAUGAAUGAACUGAGGACAAGAUACUCACCUGGUUGCUAUCAUGUGAAUAAUGCACAAACUGUGCUAGUGCGUUUAGAGGGAUCUACACUUCGAAUAUCUCGUCCCGCUAAAGCAGGGCUCAAACAUGCUUUCCAUCAAGAUCCAACUCUACAGCAGUCUUCUCCUUCUAUGGUUUCUCAAUCCAUUUAUGAUCUUAUGCAUGCAAAAGUGUCAUUACGUCCGAAACGAUUGGCAAAGAGAAGAUGGUGGAGCAGGAAGUAUCCAAUUCACAUACGGUUCCCGCACAAAAGUGGCGCGUUAGCCGAAGUUGAUAUAGAAAAGCCCGGAAUGUCGAGAUCCAUUUCGUUGCAUCCUGUUGCUGGAAGUAGAGAAGAUAAACCUACAGUAUCAGAAAUAAGACCUGUAGAUGAAAACGGGUAUUCUGCUGAGAGUGAAACUUCGUCGGACGAUGAAGUAAAUCAGGGAGUGCAGCGGUCGAAUUCAGCUGGAGAUCUUGUUGAAUAUAAGCUGGAACCCAGCAAAUUGAAACGAGGAAAAGGACGGUCAAUUUAUUUGUUUGUACGAGCUGCAAGGGAGAAAGAGAGAUGGUUUCAUUUGCUUCGCGAAGCUUGUGUUAAGCCGGUUCCAGAUUUGAACGAUUCUAAGAAUCGUAGAUCAAGUGUUGUUGAUGAAUUUAAAAGAAGCAUAUCUGAGGGAUUUGAUUCUGAGGGAUUAGACGGUGAAAGUACGGUUGAUUCCGCGCUUACAAGUCUGGGGAAAUCGUUUGAGUAUGCUUUAUAUCGCCGGAAUCAUCGCCAAUUCGCCCAAGAAAUGCUUCGAAUUUUGGGUAACGGCAUCCCUUGUCCUGAAAAAGAUUCAACUGUCUCAAUUGAUUUGGGAGAUAUGAAAUGGCAGCCUGGUAUAAUAGAAGAAAAUUCUGAUCUUGUUGAAUCAAUCAAUGCUUUGGGUGCCAGAAUUUUCUUUGAUUUCAGCAGAGAUAAGUUCUGGGAGAAUGCUGUAAAGCAGAAAAUUCAGAGCAAACUCGCUACGAUUCAUUUACCUUAUUUUAUCGAAACCUUAUCGUUGUCGGAGCUCGAUUUGGGAGGAGCAGCUCCUCGUAUUGUUGGUGUGUAUGCUCCGAAAAUGAAUGAAUGGGGUUUGUGGGUUGAUUUUGAGAUGAAGUAUAAGGGAAGAAUUCGUUUAGUAUUGCAAACCAGUGUUAAUCUCUUGAAACUGCAAAACGGGCAUACAUCUGUAGAGACGGAAAGAAAAGUUAGUAGAUGGACUGAUUCUGUUCGAGCAACUCAUUAUUCUGACGAAGACUUACCUGAGAGUCCCGAAAGCAGUCCUGAUGAGGAUUUUGGAGCGAAAAAUCAAAGUGAUGGAAAUCGUGAACGUACUGGUAGAAAAAUUCUUUCAAUAGUAGAAAAGGCUGCUCAGAGUAAGUUUUUCCAAAAAGCUGCGAAGCACCCGCGUGUGGCUAAGUUUAUGGAAGAGAUGUCUUCUACUCCUUUAAUUCUCAAUGUGGAAAUUGAACAACUCGAAGGCACAAUGACCAUCAAUAUUCCACCUCCCCCGUCUGAUCGUCUCUGGCAUGGUUUCCGAAACGUACCAACUGUUUCUAUUAGAGCUAUACCUCAGGUUGGUGAUCGAUCUGUUGAUUUCUCUACAGUAUCUGAUUGGAUUGAGUCUAAACUCCGUCUACUUAUUGAGAAAAAUUUGGUCAGUCCAAAUAUGGAUGACAUAGUUCUUCCUGUGAUGUCCGGUAAUUCCCUUCUCCAUUUCGGUUAUAAUAAAUGA